AGAGCGGGGACAGAGUCGGGACAUCAUCAUCCUCAUCCUUUGGACGUUCUCUGGCAGUGAGAGGACCGUUGGGGGGGGGAAUCCCCUCGGUCAUAACGAGGGGGCGUAACCACUGGGUGUGUGUGUGUGUGUGUGUGUGUGUGUAGCACGUGCAGUCUCAGUGAGGACUGCCAACCCGGAGGAAGACCAGGACCCGGAGCUCGUCUCACUUCUCUCCGCGGAUUCCUGGAAAAUAUUUCUUCUUGUGAACUGAAUUUCUGAACCUCCGGAUAUCGAUUAUUGAUCGAGCAGCUGACGCAUUUCCUCCGCUCCUCAGCAUCAUGUGGGAUUUUCUUUUUCAUCUCUUCAGAGCGGAACCGGGUCUUGAGGCGCGCGGCGUCACCCGGCUGUCAAUCCACCGGUAAUCGAUAAUGCUGGAUGCUGAUCGAUCAUGGCCUGAAGCUUCGGUUUGAAGGAGGAGGUCUGUAAAUGUUCUUCAGCUGAGGGACGUGUCCUCUGGGGGACACUUCACUGCCUCUGCUGGAUCAAAGUGAAGCUUUUUCUCUGUGUCAGAUUCCACCUUAAUCACGCGGAGCCUGCUGACGUCACCAGGUGCUGUGAUCCUAUUGGACAGUCUUCAAGGAUCAGGAAUGUGUGGAGUGGCAGCUUAACUGCUCCAACAGCAGUGGGCCUGCAGGGGGCGAUGGCUGCCACGUACACCAGCCACGACAUCGUGGAGGAUUACCUCCGCUACAAGCUGCUCAGAAAGGGCGUGGCCUGGCGUUUCCCGCCCCGCCAACCCAGCGCCAACCAGCAGAGACACAGCGAAGCCUCGUCAUCGGCAGCGUCGUGGAGACUUGCCCGAGUGAGGACAUUACACCUGGGGGUCGCUCAGGACGACGCCCAGCAAGAUCCCUGGUUGGCCCCGCCCCAGCUGCAGGUCGCCCUGCGGAGUGCCGGUGACAAGCUGGAACACCGUUAUCAUGGCAACCUGUCCGCCCAGGUGUCUGUGCUGCUGCUGAGCGGGGGCGACACCCACUUAGCGCGACGGCGAAGCCUGAUGGCUGUCUGUGAGGAGCUGUUCAAGGACGGGGUGAACUGGGGACGCAUCGUAGCCAUGAUGGAGCUGGGAGGGGCUCUGAGCGCUGAGGUCACCAAGAGGGGUGGGGGGUGGCAGGUGGACGACAUUGCCAGGUGGAUGGAGGAGAGUCUGGACUCACCGCUGCUCCAGGGAUGGAUAGAAGACAACGGAGGAUGGGAUGCCUUUGUGGAGCUGUAUGGUGAGUCCAGACCUCCACUCAGUUUCUGGUCUCUGAGGACAGUGUUUGGACUGGCUGUACUGGGAGCAGCCGGGAUCACACUGGGAGUCCUCUUUACCCACAAAUAACUCUUGGUCCAGACCAGUCCAACCGAAACCAGUCUGAACUGGUUUGAUCCACUCCAGCCAGCAGCCUGAGAGCAGCAGUUCCUCUAACGUCCACUAGGUGCUGCUGUGAUCUACUUGUAUUGAGGUGAAUACAAAGUGAGAACAGAGGGACACAGUCAGAGCUGCACAUCCAUCACUGAGCUGCUGCUGCUGUCAGACCCAGGGGAGGAGUUUCAAAAUAAAAGCUAACAGUAGUUAGCACAGAGCUAAAACCUUUUUAUACAGAUACACAUUCUGUGGUCAAACUGGACUGAACACACACUUAGAAACGAUCAGUGGAUUCUAACAUUCUAACAAACUUUAAUGUUUUUAAGCAGUAAAACAAAAUGAACAACAAGUUUCAGCUAAACUGAGAAAAUAAACACAGCUACAAACAUUAAACUCCCGGUGUAAUUAAAUGUAGAUUUAACUUCAGAGGUUUUUAGCCUUAAAGAGACAUUUGAACCAUCAGAAUUACUUUAGUUAUAACAUUGUUAACAGGGAAAGGAAUUAAACCAGCGAAGCUUUAGGUCACUGGGUUUGCAUCUCAACCACUAGACCACCAGGCCACAAGUUCAAACAAGGGUUUCAGUUUGUCUGUGACGGUAUCAGCUCUGGUCCACCUUAAAACUAACCAAGGUUCACUGAAGCCUGUUAAAUUAGAGCUGAGUUUACUCAGACAGACAGACAGGCAGACAGGCAGACAGACAGGCAGACAGGCAGGCAGGCAGACAGACAGACAGGCAGACAGACAGGCAGACAGGCAGACAGACAGAUGGGCAGACAGAUGGGCAGGCAGACAGACAGACACAGGCAGACAGGCAGGCAGGCAGACAGACAGACAGACAGACAGGCAGACAGAUGGGCAGACUUGGAGGAGGCAGGCUAACAGUUUCCCCCUGCUUCCAGUCUUUGUGCUAAGCUAGGCUAACCAAUCCUUGGAGUGACACGAUGAACCAAACCAUUAAAGGAGGACACACAGGACAAAAGACACCUCAGAGACACUGUCUUCACAGUUUCCUGUGUUUGUCUGAGUCAGAGUGAAAGACGAUGCAGGAUGUGAGUCAGCGGCAGAGUGUGGAACAUCAGGACCACUUUUUAAUGAAGUAGCUUCUAUACAGACGGUUUAACAAGUCUCUGUAAAUGACUGAGCUCAGCUCAGUUUGAAGACGUGAGACACCAGAGCUCUGUCCUGGUUCACGAUGCUCCGCUCUGGAACGUUAUCACACAGGCAGCUACUCUAACUUCCACAGUGGUGACGCAGGAACGUGCAGCAGAACAUGAUGGAAGAGGCUGCGUCACUGACAAUGCUCCUCUCACACUGAAUCCACUGAGACACCCUCACAUCACAGGGAACCUGCAGAGUCAGACGUCUGGUGUCCAGCAGUGGAAAGAUUCAUUGUUAUUGUGUAAAUAUCAGUUUAUUUCUGAGGAACAUCUGAUGGAAUUUUCUUUUUUUUUCUUCUUUUAAACUGUAGUUACUUUUUUUAUUGGACCAGAAACUGAACGUGUCAAUAUUUUUUUUUUUUUUUGCACUUUAUUUUUUUGUAUUUCACAUAAAAAGUGAACUUGGCUGGAGCCAGCAGACGAGCAGCAAAAGUACUUCUUGUUCAGAUGUGGACAGGUUUUUAAGCUUAUAGCUUAAAAUGAUUCAGAUGGAAUAAAACUGUUUUUCACCAGAGUCAGACAGUGCAAACCCUCAGUGGGUGGGGCCAGUCAUGGUAAAUACGAUGAUGUUGAUGAGUCAGCAUGAUAACGUCUUCGUGCUGAGCCUGUUGUUUAAAGAAGACUGAAAAAAUCACUGAUUAAAGUAAA